AUGGAUUGUAUUCGAUCGUUUGAACUGGAGCAAAUGUCAUACAGUAUCCGUCAUUGUCUUAUAUGCAAUGAACGCCGCGUUGAAAUGAAAAUGUCAUCAGAAAAUGAGUGUCUACGUUGUCAUAAUGACAAAGGCACAGUAAAAAUGUUUUCAAACAAAAAUUUUAUGGACCCUUUAGAAGUACCUGAAGAAUUGCGCAAUCUGACAUUAAUUGAACAACAGUUAAUAUCACGAAUAUCACCAAUUAUCAAUGUUCAUUUACUAAAGCAUGGCGGAAUUGCAGCAAAUGGACACUGCGUUACUUUUCCCCAAUGUAUCAAUGAACCUGCGCAAAUUUUACCGCUUUUACCUGAGGAAAUCAAAAUUAUUCGUGUUCGUAAAUGUGGAUCAGUCGACUCUUUCAAGGAAUAUAACGUAAGGAGAGCUGAAAUUGAAUACGCAUUACACUGGCUUAAGUCUAACAACCCUGCAUUUUCAGACAUAACAAUCAGUCAAGACAGACUUACAAAACUCCCACAAAAUGGACCUAUUCAAAUACAGACUAUAGAGACCACACAUGAUAUUCAAAAUUCAGAUAAAGGUCCAGCUAAAGAGCAAAAUGGUCCAGGUGAGGUGCAAGGAGAAACUAACUCCUGUGUUGGCCUACCUGAUCUGAAUGUUGACAUUAAACAUCAAGUUGAACAGGUUGUGAAAGAAGUUGUUGGACCUGAACAUGGUAAAGUAACGGUAGGACGGAAAUAUGUAUGUAUUCCAUGGCCAACUCAAAGUGAUACACCUCUAUCUGAAUUUACAACAAGAUACUUUUUCUCUAUGGCAUUUCCAUGCCUUUUUCCAUAUAGUAAAGGUGACUUUCACAUAAAUCGUCCUCGCACAAUAACAUCUAUGACAGAGUGGGCAGAACAUUUAAUGUGGUACGGUGAUGGUCGAUUUGCGCAACACCCAUAUUUUAAAUUCAUUGUCCAUAACAUUAUUAUGCGCAAACGAACAUUUAAACAAAGUUCCUAUGUUGUGAAACAACACUUAGGUGAAGAACCAAUCACUUUCGAAGAACUUAAAGAUAUGCUUCAAAGACGAGACAAUUCAGUUGCACAAAAAGUCAUGUAUUUUGGGGCUUGCUUAAGAGGAACAACACAGUACUGA